CUGCAUACAAAAAUAUCACGUGUGGCAAUGUCACUUGCCAAUUCCCACGUGUGAUGAAGUUUUUUAGUGAAUAAAAAUAUUAUUAAGUAACAGUUACAAUUAUUACGUGAUUUAUAAACACAAAACAUAUUUUAAAAUGGGAAAAUUCCGCUCUAAACUUAAGGGCCAGACCAAAGGAAAGCGUUGGCCGAAGGGCCAGAGCUCCAGCUCGAACCCUGAAACCCACAAAUACCGCGAUUUGGCAAAAUCCCGUUUCUUUCAAGAAAAUCUCGGCUCUAGUAAUUUGACUUCGGAAGCUUUACGCAAACACGAUGCUGUUCAAGCUUUCAAACCACGACCAGAUCCGGAACCUAUGGGCAUAGAUGAUGAUGUUGAAUCCUCAGUUGGGACCUACUCUUCGUACAAAACAAUGGAAUCUUUCGCCUCUGAAUGGUCAAGUUACAGCAACAUGUCUUUCACCCGCUUUUUGAAGGUGUUCAGGGCUGAUUCGGCGCUACAUAAGGAAAUGUUGGCCAUGCUGGCGGCGAUUAGUGAAGUUAUUAAGGAAAAUGGGGGGUCUGAAACACCCACAGAGUAUUACUGUUCUUUGAUAACUGCACUUGAACGUGUUUAUGAGUCAGAGGAGCGAAAUGAAGAUCAGUUGACUGCUGCUUUAGCUUUAUUAAACAUGGGGAUUAAGACAGUGCCUGAGCCUGUUUUACGCAGGACUUUUACUGAUUUAUCAGCGAAAGUUUUGCACAUUCUUAACGAUUAUGUGGAGAGUGAUAACAAUACCAUUAUCAAGUCCGUUUUUGGGAUUUUGGGAACGCUCUUGAGAAAACAAGAAUUGAUCAUUUGGACUAAUGAAGCAACAGUUAAAAUUUUUGCGUCAAUAUUGCCAUUUUGUCUUCACACAAAACCAAAAUGGCGUAAAGCGGCCCAACAAGCUGUUAUUUUGGUUGUGAAAUCGGAUUAUUUCAAUGGAAACACGAAUAUAGCGGCUGAUAAAAUCGCCGAGUUUUGUGAACAAACUUUAGACACUUGCAUGGGGGGAAAUUCGGGGGCUAUUCUAGUUUCCUCCGUGCAAGCAGGUCAAACGACUAUUUUACACACUUUAGGGUUACUAAAGGAGACUAUUUGUAAUUUUUCAAAGUCGCACAUGAAGAAAUCGUGCGAAAUUAUUUUGAGACUGAUGACUCUAAACUACCCUAUUGUAACAUCAUGCGGUUUGCAAGUACUCCACGCCCUUUUUUCGGCCCCAACAGCUGUGGUUCCCCCAAAAUUAAACGCUCAGUUGAUUUCGGCUUUGUACGAGUAUCAACCGGCUGCUGGUGAUGUGCAACCAACUCUCGCGUGGUUGGCGGUGAUGCAACAAGCGCAUGUCCAUUUGGCCGAUAUUGAUUUGGCCACGUCAUGUGCGGCUUUACCGAAGAUUUUCUCAACGAUUAGUCAGUUGUGGCUUUCGGAAAAGAGCGAAAUUAUGACGGCUGUCACUCAUGCGUUGGAAAAUUUACUAAAGGAUGCUAUUGGUCCAGCUUGUGUUACCAAAGAACAAGUGGAACAGUUUAGUUCGAAAAUCAGCAAGUGUUUUAGUUGUGUUGAAGCAGGCCUUGGGUACCAGUACCACACCGUGUGGCAUCAGGUUCUACAUUUGAUCGCAGUCAUGUUCGAGGUUGGUGGUCAAAACUGCAGUCACAUGCUCCUCAACUGUUUGAAAUCAUUAAGCGAAUUGAGAGAUUCGUACAAAUUCAGUUACAAUAACGAAUUGGAACAUGCAGUUGGGGCUGCAAUUAGGUCAAUGGGGCCUGAAACUGUAAUAAAUGUCAUAAGUUUAAAGAAGGACAACGGUGAUUUGAAUUUAGACAGGUCCUGGAUGCUACCUGUCCUAAAAGAAAACAUAAAAGCAUCAACUAUUGAGUAUUUCAUGAAGGGCAUUCUCCCAUUGGCUCUUUACUGUCAAAGACGAUCAGCACAACUGGCGGAAGCCAAUGAUGGGAUAGGCGCACACAGUUCUGAACUUCUUUACAUGCAAUUAUGGAACCUGUUGCCGUGUUUUUGCAACCACCCAGUAGAUAUUAAAGACAGUUUUAAGAGCAUAGCAAAAGUCUUGGGGACUGCAAUUUCGGACCGCAAGGAAUUGCGAUUAUCUGUAAUGGCAUCACUGCGUAAAUUAAUCGCAAGUGCUAAAGAAUCAGAAAAUCAAGAGGACAUUGACGAACUCGCCCGAUUCGAUAAAAAUUAUCUUCCUAUUUUAUUCAAUGUUUAUACCACCAAACCUAUGGGAAGUGACGAAGAGGGUCAAAGGUUGGCAGCCUUGGACACAAUCAAAGUCUAUUUAACAAUUGCCAAACCUGAACUCACUCAACAACUCCUAAACCAUGCAAUUGAACGACUAAAUAGUUCGUCGGAGGACCCUGAAGACUCUUUCAUAAAAGAGAGUAUCUUGGAUUUGAUUCGGGCUCUAGUACCGUAUCAACAAGUCGAGAAUAUUAAACUUUUAUACGAGCAAUGCGUCAAGCCUUUACCUGAGAUAAAAAGCAACAAAGAGCAAAAGAAAGCUUAUCGGUUAUUGGAAGAGAUAUGCGGGAGUGAGUCUGAAAGUUGCAAACAAUUUAUCAAAAACAAUCGAAAGGAAGUGCAAUCGUUGCUUUGGAAGUCGCUAGAAACGGCCGCUGUGUCGAGUAAGGGGGCCCGACUGAGGUGUUUGAAUUAUUUGAUCAAGGCCCAACCGCAGCUUGAGGCUGACAGUAAACUCAUCAAGAGGGUUAUACCGGAGGCUGUUUUGUCGUGCAAAGACAUCAAUGAGAAGACGCGGUAUAUCUCGUACGAGGUUUUGAAUACAGUGGGUGAAACCUUGCAACAACAUAAUCAGUUGGAUCAGUUUGUUGCGAUGGUUGUUGGUGGUUUGGUUGGCAAUGUGAAUCUCAUGAGUUGCAGUGUUUUGGCUUUGGCGUCAAUUCUUCACAAUUUUUCAGGGAGCCUUGGUCAAAGCAACAUUCAAUGGAUUUUGGAUAAAAUCACCGAAUUAAUGUCAUCGUCAACGAGAGAAUUAGUUGCGGCUUGUUUGAGUUUUAUUAAAGUGUAUUGCAAGUCGAUACCUAGUCCCAUGGUUGCUGGGUCACUACCACAAAUUAUCAAGGCUUUGUGUUCGAUGACGGAUGAUUGUAGUAGACAUUUCCGGUUGAAAAUUCGAGAUAUUUUAAAUAAGUUAGUGAGGAAAUACGGAAGUGAGUCUAUAGCGCCUUAUAUACCAGAAUCGAAUACUGUUAUGUAUAAAAGAUUGAGAAAUAUCCGGAAGCUACUUGCGAGAAAGAAGAGACAGAAGGAAGGAGAGAAAGAUGAGGAAGGAAGCGAGGAUGAGGAAUUUUUGGUCAAGGCGAAACCGAAAAGUGUUGAAGAAAUCCUGGCCGACUCCGACUCCGAAGUCGAAGACAUGGAGACCGACCAGCGCAAAAUCGUCAAAAGAAAACAACCAAGCACUUGGAUUACGGAAGAUCCUGAUUCAAUUGUUGACUUCACUGACCCCAACGUUGUUAGCAAAAUUACAGCGACGCAACCUGGCUCCUCAACCCCCUUCCAAGCUAAAAACCCCAAAUCGGAAAAAGACCGCGGUUUCAAAACCGCCCCCGACGGCAGACUCAUCAUCACCGACGACUCCUCUGACAGCGACACCGACAAGAAAAACAAAAUCGAUUUCGGUUCAGAUUCAGACUCGGACGUCGAUGAUAAAAGCGUCGCUGAAACUCUUGUUCUAAGCGAUAGGAAACGCAAAAGAGCGGCGAGUGUCAAGAGUGGAGUCAGCUCGGUAAGUCAGCCACCUGUAAAAUAUAAAACUGGAGGUAUUGGGAUACAUCGUUCGACAAGUGCGGCGUCGGUCCGCAGUGGCGCUAGUAGCGCCCCUGGGAGCGAGUAUAGAGGCAAAAGGGCCAAGGGUGAUGUUAAAAAGAAGGGGAAACCCGACCCUUACGCCUACUUGCCCUUGCGCAGGUCGGCGAUUAACAAAAGAAAAAAAUCGAAAGCAGCAGGACAGUUUAAGAAUAUCAUUAAGGGGGCCAAGGCGGGGGCCUUGAAGGGUGCCAAAGCUAAGAGAAAUAGGAACAAGAAUUGAUUUGUGUGAUUAUAAUAAAAAUUAAGCGCACUUUGGAUAUUUUUAUUCCAGACCUAGAAUUUCUACAAUAAUUGAGAAAAUAAUAGACCUUAAUUAUUGAUGUGAAUGUGAAAUAAAGAUUCAGUACUCACAAUUAAAAACUAUAUAAAAAAUCUCACUUUGUACAAAUAAAAUGUGGAAAAAAAUGAGAAUAAUUUGUUA